UUAUAGCCGCUGUCACUGCUGAAAGUAGAGGGCCCAGCAAACACGAUGUAUAUGUUAGAAUGCGUGUAUUGUGGCAAAGUGAGCGUGAACCUAUACACAUGCGGUAUUGCAUUGUAAUGUAUUGUUCUGAUCAGUAUGCUGUUUUAUCAUGAUACAGUCAAUACACAGCCAGUAAGCCCCGUCUAACCGCAGUGCGCAACAACUUGCACAAUACACAUAGUGUCUAUUCUACAUUUAUUAUUUAGUCACGUUCUUCAUUUACAUAUAUGCUCUGAACGAUUAACAGUUAACAUCCCAUGUCCUACUGAACAAGGAAGUAAAUUUACGAGUGUCUGUUACCGGCCUCAGGAGGAGUCACACUCAAGCAAUGCAUCGCCAGGGACACAUCGCUCUUCGUGUGGUGCUCGUUAUAGCAGUCUGUGUACCGGACUCGUCACAUGGACAAAGCGGGAUUGAGAAGGAACUUCAUCCUCAAAAUGGAUUCUACAACAACCUAUUCGAGCCUGAAUGGGGGACCACAGGUAACGAGUUGCUCCGGUCAGCACAGGCCUCCUACAGUGACCAGGUAUAUGAGCCGAACCAACAAGGACGACCUAACCCCCUGGACAUCAGCCAGGCGCUUCACGCCGCCGGCAGCAGCGGAGACGCAUCGACAUCAGGCAAAAAUGCCAUGCUGGUAUAUUUUGGACAACUGGUUGCUGAUGAAAUCGUUAACGCCCGAAGUGCAGGGUGUCCCCCCGAGUAUGACAACAUCAGGGUACCCGAGGGACAUCUCUAUAGAGACGCCGCUGAGGAGAUGGUCUUCAAGAGGGCUGGCUACAACCAAAGGACCGGAAUCUCUCCAAACUAUCCCAGACAGCAGCAAAAUGGGGUGACGCCGUACCUUGACGCAGGUUUUUUGUAUGGAACAACACGAUUCUGGACCAACGCUAUCCGGGAAUUCAGCGGUGGUAGAUUAAAGAGAUUGUCUCCUGUUGGCGUCAAGAAUAGCUUCCCCGCCCUGAACGCUGACCGCCUGCCACUGUACAACCCCCCAGUGCCCCGCGACCACAGCUUGAGGGAGGCCAGCCGAUUCUUUCUCAUGGGCAACACACGAGGCCAUGAGAACCCGUUUCUGCUGAGUCUGCAGAUUAUCUGGUUCCGAUGGCACAACCACUUGGCAGAUGAGAUCUCCAGGACAAACACCACACUGACAGAUGAGCAGGUGUUCGAGGAAGCCCGACGCCGAGUUAUUGCCCACUUCCAGAAAAUCGUUGUAAAGGAAUGGCUUCCCCAGUACCUGGGGCCGGGGACGGGGCGCGAUAACCCGGCGUACAAAGGGUACAACCCAAGGGUACAUCCAGGUGUGACGCAGGAGUUUGCUAUGGCAGCCAUGAAGUACGGCCACACCCUCGUCCCCGCCGGCGUCUGGACAAUCAGUGACACCUGCACCGAGACAGUGACGUCCGACCAGGGUUCGCAGGGCGAAACCAGGCCCGUCCAAGCCAUCAGGCUAUGUAACACAUACUGGGACUCUCAGGAUCUGGUUCAACAAAACAUCGACAGCAUUGUCCGGGGGAUGGCGCUGACACAAGCCAAGGCCGACAACCCGACAUAUGUGCCCGACUUAAGAGAGUAUCUGUACGGGCCGUAUGAGUUUUCGCGGCAAGAUCUAGCAGCACUUGAUAUUCAAAGGUCACGUGAUCAUGGACUUGCCAGCUACAAUUCAGUCCGUCAAGCUCUCAAUAUGUCGUCUGCGACCACCUGGGGUGAUGUCACAAACGACACAAGACUCCAAGACAGUCUGCGAGCUGUGUACGGCAAUACGUCCUUCUCUGAUGACCUUGACCUUAUCACUGGCGGGCUGUUGGAGACAAGGGGAAGUGGACCGGGAAAACUAUUCUCCGUCAUCAUACAGGACCAGUUCCAGCGCAUCAUUGACGGAGACCGGUUCUGGUACGAAAACACUCGGAAUGGACUGUUUACGCAAGAUGAAAUACGGCAGAUUAACAGUGUGACGUUCCGGCAAAUCUUACUGAACGUUACUAACAUCCAACCAAAUAAUUUGCCUGGUGACUUAUUCAGCUGUCGAGGCAAUGCCACUUGUAACUGUCGCCCCCCUCCAAACGUUGACGGCAACAACAGCACGAUGUUCGGCGUCUGUAGCAAGCUCCAGACUUACGACUUCUUCAGUGGCAGCGAGGCGUCCUUCGCGCUCUCAAUCCUAGCAACAGGUCUAACCAUUCCAGGGUCUAUCGGCAUGCUGCUGAUGCUGGUGUGGUUGCGGAAGAGGAGGGAGGCCCGGAGGAACAUGUCAAGACCGAGGAAGACCGACAAGACCAAGUUUGCAGCAUGUGAGUGGUUGGGGCCAGAAUCCGGAAAAAGAAAUGUCACCGUGGAGUUCAACAAUCAACGGAAGAAGAUAAAAGUAACGGACAUGCGCGGCAAAGAUCUUCGAUUCAUUGACCUGCGCAACACAGAAAAGGCGACGCUUAGAUUAUCUUACGACAAGCGCCUGGAUCUGCUCUCUCUCCGUGUCCCUGGGGAGGUGGACCUAAUUCUCCGCUUCGGGGACCUGGGCGAGCGGCAGGAGAUGCUGCAGUACACGGAGGAGUUCCUGCAGUCGCUGGGCGUGCAGACGGAGAGACAGGAGCAGCCGGAACUCAUCAUCCUCAGUCACUCCAACAACAAGGAUGACAGACAGAAGCUGCUGGACAAGUUCUUCAGGGUCGUGUGUCUGCAGGCUCUGAAGAAAGACCCGACUGCGGAGGUGUGGGAUUUCGAUGACGAUGCUGCUAACGAUGUUAUAAAACUGAAACUGACAAGGACAGAGUUUGCUGAAUCUCUGGGUAUGCAAGCCUCGUCCAUCUUCAUCAGGAACGUCUUCCUUCUCGCCGAUACCAACAAUGACGGCUUCCUAUCCUUCAAAGAAUUCCUGGACCUGUUUGCCGUGUUCGCCAGAGGCACUGCUGAACAAAAGGCCCAGAUGAUGUUUAAUAUCUAUGACAUUCGCCGGCGUGGCUAUCUCACUCGGGAAGAUUUCUUUAAAAUGAUACGUUCCCUGCUGGACCUGUCUGACGCCAGCUUGGAUAACGCCCACGUAACCAACCUCAUGGACGUCAUGUUCAGAGACGCCGGCAUCGCCGACAAAGACACCAUGAGUUUCGAGGACUUCAAGAAAGUGUUUGUAUCUAAAGAGUAUGAAUCGACCCUACACGCAGCCUCCAUUGCGGACGGUGGAGCUCUCUCCAAACACACCAAGGAGGAGUCGCCAUUGAAGGGAAGACGCAAAACGUUCAUCCAAAGCUACAGGGGCGCCAAAGAAGGGGGGAGACAACUCAGCCGUCAAGCCUCCAGGGUGCGAGCACCGGUCAGGAAACAGAAGUACCCAGGCACCCCUCUGGCCCAGAGGUGGUACGCCUUCAGCCGCUAUGUGGAGAACUACCAGUGCCACAUUUUCUGGCUGUGUCUCUACACCCUGGUGUGUGUGGGGAUCUUCACCGAGCGGGCAUACUAUUAUGCCGUGGGUCGAGAACAUGCGGGACUGAGACGUCUGUCUGGUGCGUGGACGACGGCGAUGAUCCGUGGAUCUGCCAGCGUCAUCAUGUUUAACCUCGCCAGCCUUCUCGUCACUAUGUCUCGCAACAUCAUCACGAGACUCCGGGAGACGUUCGUCCAUCGUUUUGUACCCUUUGACUCGGCAGUCUCCUUCCACAAGUACAUAGCUGCCGUGCUGAUGAUAGCAUCAAUCGUUCACAUCGUGGGCCACUGCGUCAACCUCUACUGCAUGAGCACUCAGCCGGCGCAGGACCUCAGCUGUCUGUUCAGGGAGUUUUUUAGAGCGUCACAUGUCCUCUACACAUUCCACUUUUGGGCAUUCCAAACUAUCACAGGACUCGCCGGGAUCCUGGUCACCGUGGUGAUGUUCAUCAUGUACGUGUUCGCCAUCCAGUUCGCUCGACGCAACGUCUUCAACGCCUUCUGGUUCACUCACAGCUUCUACAUCUUCGUCUACAUCUUGACAUUCAUGCACGGCAUCGGGCGUCUGGUGCAGGAUCCGCUGUUUCCCUGGUACCUGAUCGGCCCCUUGCUGGUGUACCUCGUCGACAGGACUCUCACCUACAGCAGGCACAAGGUCGAGAUUAUUGUCAAGAAAGCCGAGCUGCUUCCGUCAGCUGUGAUAUUUCUGGAGUUCAAACGUCCCGCUAACUUUGACUACAAGUCUGGGCAGUGGGUCCGUAUCGCCUGUCUGAAUCUGGGGAAGAGUGAGUACCACCCUUUUACUCUGACGUCAGCUCCGCACGAGGAAAAUCUGUCUUUGCACAUCCGGGCAGUUGGCCCGUGGACCAGCAAUCUGCGCGAGACCUAUGACCCCAGCAACCUUGACAUGAACAAGUUACCCAAGUUGUAUCUCGACGGGCCAUUCGGCGAGGGGCAUCAGGACUGGUACACAUUCGACAUCGCAGUGCUUGUGGGUGGCGGGAUAGGCGUGACGCCGUUUGCCUCCAUUCUCAAAGACAUUGCGUUCAAGUCACAGACGGGGGCUCGCUUUACAUGUAAAAAGGUGUACUUCGUGUGGGUGACGCGCACCCAGAAGCACUACGAGUGGCUGGUUGACAUCAUCAGGGAUGUGGAGAACAAGGACAAGCACAACAUCGUCAGCGUCCACAUCUUCGUCACGCAGUUCCAGCAGAAGUUCGAUCUGAGGACCACCAUGUUGUACAUCUGUGAGCGACACUUCCAGAAGGUGGAAAACCGCAGCCUGCUGACUGGCCUCCGGGCUGUCACCCACUUCGGGCGGCCCGAGUUUGAUGAGUUCCUCAACUCUCUCCACUAUGAACACCCACAGGUUCGCCGCGUGGGCGUCUUCAGCUGUGGUCCAGGCCCAAUGACCAACUCAGUCCAGGCAGCAUGUAGUUACCUCAACACUCUGGAGGGGCCAAGCUACACCCACCACUUCGAGAACUUCUAGACUCAGCGUCCUCAUCAAGCAUCACGUCCAACUUCGCAAGUCGGGUUCUCUACAUUUGUCACUUAGAGAUACAGCGGACAUACGCACCGCUGAUUGGCGACCUUGACCACUGUGUAAAGGUGAAGGACGACGUAGCAUGUAACAGCAGAACCAUAACUGACGUGUAUGCUUGGGAGCUGUGUUGUUUUGAUUUAGACUGCCAUAUUAUCUGGCGAAGACGCCACGAGUCUCUCGCUACAUUGUAUAUAGAGAGUAGAGAAUUGUAAGUUACUAUACAGAAGUACUUCAGCCCUGUGACGGGGACCUAGGGUCCUUGAUAGAGUGCACGUACUCGUGUGUGUCUCCACAUUGGUAAACCUAUGUCACAUUUAGCUUAUUUCAGCUGUAAUGAGCUUAAUCGGCGUUAUAGCGAAGUCCACUUACAUUCACAUUUACUGACAGCCACGGCAGUUUCCAGACGAGUUACGUCCAGCUAGCCACCAGACACCGUGACAGCCCAUGGAGUGCGGUUACAGGCGUGAUGGACUCGCAUCUUCCUUGUUUAGUCACGACAUUGUGUUUGAGAGUGACUUGACAAAUCCCUGUACGAUUUCCUGCGAGAUCACGAGCGAAUGCCAUAUGUCAUAACAGGGUAUAUUGUCUCGGAAUGUAUGCUAUGUGUAAUUAGAUUUCUAUGUAUAUUUAAAGAGAGUUAUUCAAGGAUGUAUCUAAUUGCCUGCUCGAUCCUUUGAAUGCAUAUGGAUUCUGAUAUUUUACCUAAUCCCGGAUCAAACACGUCCUUUCUGUAACCAUUGUUUCACAUCCCCAUUGCGUCAUCUCAACUGGCACUAUUGUGAUGUUUAUUAACAUGUUGAUAUAUUUUACAAGAAUAUGAUGUACUUAUUAUUGACAUAUAUAAAUACAUUAGGUAAUGUGUACACUCAAAGGCAAACAUGUUCCUAUAUUUCACACGGAGAUUCGUCCCAAGCCAAUACCGUUAAAGUCCUCUGUUUAUUUGGAGAUUAAACGUGUACCGAUGUUUCAUUGGGCUGUGGAUGGCGGCAAUAUGCCCUGUAAAACUAUCAUCUAAAAUUCAUAUUGUACCCAGGAAAGUUUGUUAUUUACCCACUUUUGGUCACAUUUUCUUUAUAUUAUGACAGCAGUUUGUAAUCCCACAGUGGAGGUGCGAUCGUCUAUCUAUACAUACAGACUUAAAGUCAUAUCAUUAUUAUUAUUAUUAACUCAGUUAUCAAUAAAAUGUUAUGGUCACUGA